GCCUUUGCCGUGUAAACUUUCCUAGUUGAUUGCUUCCUUAAGCAGAUUGUGGUGGCAAGUAUUCAAAUAUGGCUCCUUUACCUAUGAAGAUAUAUGGUCACACAGUCAUAAUGUACUGUUUGGUAUUUCUUUCUCUCUCUUUCCCUCCCUCCCUCCCUCCCUUCCUGUAUAUUUUGUGGAAAAAAAUCUUGUUAAGCCCAGAUCCUCCCAACAAGAUACAUAGUAGAGGGAGGGGACUUGAAGCUAGAAAGAGGAAAUACAGAAAGAAAAGGACAGAGGAGGGGGGAGCAAGAGAAUGGAAAGUUGGUCCAUAAAAAAUGUGCCCCUUCAGUUAAAGUGAGCCAAAAUCACACAAUUGGCUAACAUGUGAAAACUAGCAAGGGAACUGAGCUCUAGUUCCUAGUUGACCGGGGUAUUCAGUAGAAGCAACACACUUGUAACUUAGCUGAACUCUGGAUUACACUUACUUUCUCCUCCCAUAGGCUAGUGGUUCUCAAGUUAUAGUUUUACAAAUUAUCCCUGCUCUGAGAUUCUGAUUCAGUAGGCUCUAGGUAGGGCUUAGGAAGAUAUUUUUAACAGGCUCCUUGGCUAAUUCUAAUGCAGGUGGACUACAUUAGAGAGACAUUGCCCUAGGUUAUCAUCUUUUGGUAAGUAUUUAGUAAAUCUGAGAGAAGAGUCAAACAUAUGGCAAGGUUAUGCCUUUUAUGGGGCCACUGAAAAAAAUGCUUCUAACCAUUGGUUUUCUGAAGUAGGAGAUUCCUGAGCUGAGUUUUAAAGGAGGAGAGGGAUGCAGUCAAGUUAAAAUGAUGGCUGGAAGGAUGUCUCAGGCCUUGGACCUGAUGAGCAAAGGCACAGAGGUGACAGGUAGCAUGUGUAUUCAGGCCAGGUCUCUAGAAAGUCAAGUGGAAACCAAAUGGUAAGAUGAGAUAGUUACACAGAGGUCACAGCAUGAUCCUUGGACUUCUAUAGAGUAAGAAUUUGAAGGGGGGAGGGGCAGGGAGCAAUGGAGAACAAAGUAGAUUUGCAAUUUAGUUAGAUCCCUAGUGACUGAAAGAGAUGAACACAAGGACAAGAUUGUAAAGCCACAUCAAAUCACAAGGGGUUUUAGAAAUCAAAGCAGCACAUAGUGGUUUGAAAAUUUUUUGUUAGAUGUUUUCACUGUAACAGUUUGCAUUUCAGAGCAACUUGAACAGAACAGUCAUUGCAGAAAUGUGGAAAGAGUACAGGCUUGCCUUCUGAGUAACAGUGAUUCUUGUUGCCUUUUAAACACGUGGAAAUGGAUGACAGUGAAAGCUGCUUGGAGUCUGAUCAUCGUGACUGUGGUGGUAUUUAAUGCCCAGCACAAAUAAGAGCCUGAAUGGGUAAAAAAGCAGAGAGUAUUUUAAAGGAGUCAGCGUUCCUUUACUUUGGUGAAACGGAGCUGAAGUUACACACAGGCCUCGUCGACUUUGCAACCUGCCCCUGACGGUAUGGUUUGGGGAGGACACAUCGUGCCUGAGGUAUUGCAAGAUACGGAAUUACGGAGAAACAGAAAGACUCAGGAUCAAUGCCAGAUUCUCUUUCGGCAGUUGAGAUUACAGACAUCCCGCCAGAAUGAUUUCUGCAAAGCCCAGACUUGUCGUACCUUAUGGCCUCAAGACUCUGCUUGAGGGAGUUAGCAGAGCCAUACUCAAAGCCAAUCCACCAAACAUCACCCAGUUUGCAGCAGUUUAUUUCAAAGAACUUAUUGUGUUUAGAGAAGGAAAUAAUUCUCUGGAUAUAAAAGAUCUUGUUAAACAAUUUCAUCAGAUUAAAGUGGAGAAGUGGUCAGAAGGAACGGCACAAGAGAAGAAACCAGAAUGUGUGAAAGAGCCAGAAAGAACAUCUACAGUUUCCCAAGAACCUAAACGGAUGGAAAAAUCUACGGACACAGAGGAGGACAACAUAACUGCACCGCAGUUUAGCCACAAAACCACGCAGUUCCCGUCAGUCCAUGCUGAGCUGCUCUCAGAGCCUGAGGACGCCACUGAAGUAGUUCACGGUCCUUCGAAACCGACCACCCCUAAAAAUGCCACCCCACCCUCAUCACUGUCGCCAGCAGCUGUCUCACCCGAGUUGGCCUACGUCCCUGCUGACCCAGCUCAGUUUGCUGCUCAGAUGUUAGGUAAUGUUUCCUCUGUUCAUUCGGAUCACUCUGAAAUUGUAAUGGUGGAUGUGGCAACAAGUAUGCCUGUUUUUCCCGAGGAGAUGCUGAGCUCAGAGGCUGCUGAAGAUGAUGUGGUGGCCACUCUUGUGCAUUCUGGAGAGCUGGCAGCAGUGCAGGCUCUGAGCGAGACAUCUGUCCAUGUAGAUUUGGGUUCUAAACCUAAAGACAAUGAGGCUGAACCACCAAUGGCUUCCCCAUUCUCCUUGCAGGAUGAACAAGAACCUCCUGCUUAUGAUCAAGCCCCUCAGGCCCCUUUGCAGGCUGCUACUGAGGUGACAUCCACCAGGCACGUAGCAUCUAUCUAUAAAGAUGAGCCUGUGAUUGAAGGAGUUUCUGAUGUUGAGCAAAUACUGGAACAAACAGUUAUCCCCUUUUCUGAUCAUGUUGCUUGUCUCAAAGGAAACGAGCAGUCACCACCCCUUAGGCCCAUACUUGUAGUAGGCAAGACAGCCUCAGACGUGUCUGAAAAAUCUGUGGGUUCUGCAAACUUUGUGCAGUUGGAGAGUGCAAAAUAUGACUCCUCAGUACAUGUGGAGGCAGAUGGCUCUGCCACAACAGUGAGCUCUGAAAAAUCUGUGCACCUUGCAGUGGACAUCUUUGCGCUGGCCCCUGGCAGUGCUGGGCAGGAGGACUCAUGGGAAAACCGUGCGUCCCAGGAGACGGAGGUCAAACCCACGCUCUCAGGGGAAGCUGCAAAAGUAGUGCGCUCAGGUGCGUCCGUAAGAUCAUCUAGUGGCCCCCAACCUCCUGUUCCAGAAGGUCUUAAUGAACCAGAAAUCGAACCAGAAUGGGAAGCAGCACCUAAACAAGGUUUGACGGAGCCAGCAAUAGCAGCAAGCGAAGCAGGACAACCACCACCAUAUUCUAACAUGUGGACCCUUUAUUGUCUAACUGAUAUGAGUCAACAAAGUCGCCCAUCACCACCACCUGCACCUGGGCCUUUCCCCCAAGCAACCCUCUAUUUACCUAAUUCUAAGGAUCCACAGUUUCUGCAGCAUCCACCAAAAGUUACUUCUCCAACUUAUGUGAUGAUGGACGACAGCAAGAAGACCAGUGCCCCGCCUUUUCUUUUAGUGGGCUCAAAUGUUCAGGAAGCACAGGAUUGGAAGCCUGUUCCUGGACACGCUGUUUCCCAGUCAGAUGCCUUGAGGAGAUAUGCUGCAGUGCAAGUACCCAUUGCUGUUCCUGCAGAUCAGAAAUUCCAGAAACACACCCCCAAUCCCCAGAAUGCUAAUCCUCCUCCAAGUGGACAAGAUGUCCCCAGACCACAAAGUCCAGUUUUUCUUUCUGUUGCUUUCCCGGUAGAAGAUGUAGCCAAAAAAGGUUCAGGAUUUGGUGACAAACGUACUCCCUUUGGAAGUUACGGUAUUGCUGGAGAAAUAACUGUGACUACUGCCAAUGUUCCCAGAGCAGAAACUUAAAACUGGCAGGUAAAUUCUCUUCCCAUGAUACGUGGGCCUUAACACACUUGAGUUUUCAAGCAGGUUGAUCUGUUGACCUAGAGGCUGAGGUAUUUUAAGACACUGAAUUGAGACACGCAGUGAGUGGGGGGGUGCCCUCACAUCCGACGUGGUGAUUGCCCUCACCUACCUUACCACGUUACUACUCAGCGCACGGCAGGCGCACUGCACUGCGGUGACGCACACCAAGGGUCCGGUGCCUAAAACACAUACCAAGCAACCAACUCAGCUACCUCUGAAAACCUGGCGCUGUGUUUAGCCCCGUAGAAGAUGCCAAAGGGGUGGAUUAACAUAAAGACAAGACAUAGUCUCAUGUGGGAAUUUUAUAAUCUAGUUGGCAGGUUUAAGGGGUGGGGAGGACAAGGUGAGAGAUUAUAUACGGAGCACCCAGUCAAUGCGGUAAGUUUGCUCCCUUGUACAGUGAAUACUUACAGCAGAAUGGAUAGGUUGGAAACACAUUCAUGAGCUAAAGGGACAAGUGGUGUUAACCACAGAUAAGAUAGUUUUAUCACUCAAAUAUCAUUAAAAAAUUUUUAUUCAACCAGUACUUACUACCACAUGCAGCACUAGUCUCUCCUCCCCGACGUGUGUACGUACAGCAGAGCAAGCAAAACAUGCAGCCACACCUUAGAAAAGUAAAUGAUAUGCGAAGUAUUGGGAAGAAAACAAGUAGGUACUGAUCCAGGCCCUCUAUUAGAUGGGGUGUUCAGGCACAGAUGUACACUGACGUCUGCGUAGGAGAAGGAGCCCACAGCCCGAGGCCAAGGGCAGGAAAGAGCAUGGGGCUUCGAGACUCUGCAAGUUGGCCACAAGGAGACAGGCUGGGAGGAGCUGGGGAGAGCACAUAAGGUGAAAUCAGACGUGAAGAGGGGACCACGUAACUCAGGGCCCGGCCUCCCAAAUGAAGAGAUUGGGACUGAAAGUUCAGUGGGGAGCCAGAAGAAUGACAGCAGCUGCACGUCUGACGGACAAAAGCUAGAUUUCAGUUUUAGGCAGGUUCAAGUACCACAGUUAGUUACCAUACUUAAGGAGACUCUCUUUUCAAAAUAUCUUAGGACUAUGAGCAUUUACCUACUCAUACCCUUUAGACUUUUAGUGGAACUGUCAAAAUGGCCGUUUUUGGCAGGAGGUGCUAGGCUAUUUUAGUGCAAAUGCACAGAUAACAUAGGUAACAGCUUAGUAGAAGAGCAGGAUAGAACUUGCAUUUCUGAUCAUCCACUCGUUUUACAUGUUCAGUUUUAUGAUUAAACAAGUCACUAUUUACAUUAUUCCUAACAGGUGCUGAAGAUGACAUUGUUUGAGUUGACCUUCAAGGUGGAGUCUGCCACUGAGCGUAAUAUAUCAAUAAACUUCAUGCAAGGCAUAAAACCUUGUCGCCUUGCUUAUUUUACAAUUUAGGCGGUGCACAAACAUCUGAACACAACAGGUCUUAAAUAUCUUCAGACUUGUGAUAUGACACAUUUUCCAACUCGUAUACAUUGUAAAAAAAAAAAAAAAAAAUUAACCUUUCCACUCUAGCAAUUUUCUACCAAGGUAUUCCACUUGAUAAUUCUGUAUUUGGCAUUCACACCAAGUGAACACAGUGGCACCUUGCUCUAAUACUGUAUUUACCCAGAGAACAGUGAGUGCUAACUGCCUACUUAGCACGUGAGCCCGGGGGUGAGCUCUCUGGCCCCGGGAACCUUGGCAGCACAAGGACUUACUUUCUUGUAAGGACACUUGACAAUUUGGCAUCCUAUUAAGUGCAGCAUUAGUAUAUUUCAAAGUUUGAAAGAGACCACAAUGUUUUGAACAUUCUAAAGCCUUUAUUUAGCAUCAGGUAGAUUAUUUCAUUAUAACACUUGUUAACUUCAAGACAGCCAUUAAAAUAACUUACUGGCAGCUACCUAAGGCCCCCUGGAAGCAAUAUCUCAGUCUGGGGUUGGGUGGAUAAAUACAGUAAGAUUAAUGUACCCCAAUUAAAGGGGCAAAGCUACUGUACAGUAGGUCUCCAUACAUAUCUUAAGUACACAGGUGCCUUGCAAACUUGAAAUGCACAGGACCUCCUUCUAUAUAGUCUGAUACUUAUAAUACAUGAGUACAACUUAAUUUUUCUGGUGGCAUUUGCCACUGGGAAUUGAAGCAUUUAAAGGUUUGUCAUUAUGUAAUGAUGGUGACUAAAAUCUAUAUUUCUAGGGUAUUUUUGUGAAUUGCUAGGUUUUAUACAUAUUUUCAAUUCAAACAUGUACAAUUCAAACAUUCUAAUUAUAGAAAAUUGUAAAAGUAAAAUCAGAGCACUAAAAUAAGCAAAUGAAAUACCUUUUCCAGUUUAGAAUUUUCAAAUCAGGAAUAUCUCUUCUCAACAUUCAGGCAUUUUUUUUUUUCUUUUUAGAGGUAGGAAGGGGUAAAAUUGAGAGGAUUAGUAAGAAGAAAAGCCAUCUUUUCAAGGCAGUCUUUACAAAAUGGCAUAACCUCUAUAUUUGAG